AACUACCCUUUAUUGUUCUACGUUUUAUUUGUUACUUUUGAAAACCCGCGCACAAACUUUGCGCCGAACCACAAGCGGUGUGCAUUCUCGGUUCAACACUGCUGGGAGCGGACCGUGCGUGCAUGUGCGAACGGGUAGACACACACACACACUGCAGACCACGACGACGACGAUGAUGAUGAUGGUGACGAUGCUAUGUCUGCCUCUCGUCUUGACGCUGAGUGUCACAGCGUGGGCCCUUCCCGUGGCCCAACCGCCGGACACCUGCGUCGUCUUCUGGAGGCCAUCGCACCUGCCAGAUAACAGUAAAGAGUUGGCGAUAAAUAAUCUGGAUCCACGGGAAUUAAUGACCGCCAAGCAGAGCGUUCUUCUGGCCAUCAACGCCUACAACACCCACGACCCACACCCUCGGUGGUACGAGCAGCGGGGACUCACGGAGAUGUACGCGGUGGAGGCGGACGGGGAGAAGCAAUUCCUCGUGACGUUCCACGUGGCCGAGACGAAGUGCCCCAACAGCCGAGAGCGCUUCAAUUACGCCCUCUGCGCGGAUCGAGAGAACGCGAUCCGUGGCUGCUGCAUGGCAAGCGUCUCGGGAUUGUCGGGAAAAGGACUCAAAGCCAAUUACGUCAUAUGCAACGUCAACGCCACGGGGAAUGAGACAGAGUUCUACUGGGUCAGCGGGCAGACUGUCGUGUCGCAGGAAGAGCCCCCGGCCGUUCCCGCCGCCGUCACGGAAGCCGCGAUCCAGUUGGCGCUGUACAACAUGACCUCCUCCGUGGCUCUCAUCCUCGACUCGCUCAACACCAACCUGUGGCACAUCCAAUAUGUGCAGUGGAUUAGGCAGGAAGGCAGCGAGAAGAUCGCGUUGGAAGUGAGCUCCAUGCUCACGACGCGCACCAAAGUCGUUGAUCCGCAGGAUCAGACGGACGGCUUCUGCCACUCCGGGAAAAUGAACGCCGAAUGCACCACGACGGUGACUCUGGCCAAGUGCAGCAACAGCAACAGCAGCAAACGUUCCGGCAAGCGGUGCGAUUCUGAGACGCAGCUCGCCGGCGCCAGCGGGUGGACGUUGGAGGACGUGGAGAGCGAUUGCGACAUGUCAUGCAGCGCUACCGUGGGUGGAUUGUCGCGCGUGUCUGGAGGCAGCGGCAGGUGCCCCAGAAAGAUCAUGAAGACCAAGCGACGCCUAUUUUGCUGCCGCUCCAUAGCGUGCCAAUAAAGCAGAGGGGCGGGUCCGAGACGCCAAACUCCACGUGUGUACGAUACUUCCGCUACAACAGUCAUACACGGCUCUCCUUCCGCACACACACGGGGGGGGGGGGGGGGGGGUUGGAAAACUGAGGCUGCUUGUGCAGCGCACAAGAAUUCGCAAAAAUAAAACACUCGUUGCGUGGAAACUCACCACCGUCGCAGGAUGAAGUGGAAUGUUCCACGUGAUCGGUGGGGUAGGGAGCAAAGUGGUGAGACGGGGGUGGGGGGGGGGUUCCAUCUGGAGAGAGUGGUGUCUGCCCUGUUACUUUAUUUAUUAGCGCAUUACCUCCCACUCGUGGACGCACUGCAAUAAGCUGCGGUGCUCGAUCCUGGUCUCAAGCAGUCAUGGAUGAAGUGGGCUGGACCCUGUAUAACCAAACUGGACUCCAGCAUCAUCACUAUCCUCAAAGGUCAAUAAUAACGCCUUUUUUGUAAUAUUAUUGGUGUCUUGUGGAUACUCUGCGAUAUGCGAGACACCACCUGGAUAAAAACAAGUGUGAUGUGCAGACGUCAGAACCAUGUGCUAAUGGAAACACCAUGCGAGCAACGGUUAGAUUUUCCCUCCGUUCAAUAGGACGACUUUCCUUCACACAGACUACAGCGCAGCACAGAAGUUUCCUUCGAAUAAUUAGAACGUUGACACCGUAUCCACAGUGCUAUCUCUACAAACUUGUGUGUAAAUGGCUCCCAAUUCUUUGGGGGCCCCCCAAAAGAGUAUCCUUCUUGAUUAACCUCUUCGUAUAUCUGGCUGUGUCUCUCUGUCUUUGUACAUGUUCCUCUGCAUGUCCCUCUCCACGUGGCCCCGUGUCUGUAUUUCUACGUCGCGUCUGUAUUUGUGUGCCCCUAUCUCGACGUACAUAUUGCCACAUUGAACCCUACGUCAUCGGCGUGUCUGCCAUCUCUGUGUCUUCACGUCGCAUUUCGCUCUCCGUAUCUAUCUUCGUGCGUCCGUCUUUCGCUGAGUGUGUACGUUUCUUCCCCGGUCGUGUGUGUGUGUGUGUGGGCAGCGGCAGUGUAGUGGUUAGCGCACUGCGCUACGAAUCCGGCGGCCCGAGAUUCGAUCCCCAGUCACGGUGAACAUCGGUGUGACGUACCGGUCGUGCGCCCGCCACCACUCCUCAUACACCCCACCACCUCCGCCCCAGGUCGCAUCGUAUUUACACGAGUCCCGAGUACGGUGUGUGAACGUCAGCAGCUCCCCCAAAAUACAGCGGCUUGCUUUUGGCUCAGCCAUCGAACAAAGACGGUGGUCACGGCAUGGCGCGGCGCUUUCAGAUGCGCUUCUGCGGCCGUUGGGAACACGCUUCCAUUCCGACACUAGGAAGCCCCUGGAACUAUGCACUUUUAAAUCAUCUAGAUUGAAAGCUCUUUAUUUAGAACUGUUUUUGUGUCUAGUUUGUUGUCCUUCCACCGCACCUCUGAUUAGCGCGGUUGGCUACGUACGGUGUGAAAGAAGUUCAACAUUCUUACAGGUGGCCGAGUGUGGUUCUGUCAGACACCACCCCCUUGUGUUGUUGCGUGACGACGGCCUUGAUAGGUGCUCGCUGCACACGGGUGUUCCUUGUGUCUCUGCGCGUCUGGAUCUUACCUUUCUCUCUCUCUCUGUGUCUGUCUGCGUGUCCAUUGCUCCAACUAGGCCCCCUCCAGACCCACCUGCACAGGGCACCACUGAGUGCUGACACGUCUCUGUACAUUCACACACGCACAAAUAUCCCCCUACGGUCGGCUGCAUAGAGAGAUCAGCCUAGCGCUGGUGAUGUUAGCCUCGAGUUCACGACCGCAUUAGAAGGAGCAAGCGUCGCCUCGACCCUUCCCAGCCGCCUUUACUUCCCGAGUGCUGCUGUAGUUGCCUCCGGCGACUCCACUGCGACAGAUGCUCAUUUCAGGCUGAGUUGAUCUAGUUAAAUCUACUCCCAACGGCUUAAAAUGCCACGAUGCCCGUCGGUGUUGCUCGUGACCAGGCGUCUCGAGUCGCAGGGCAGUGCAACGCAAUUUGAGAGCGGUGUCUCGAGUGUGUGUGCACCACGGAACUCUGUCAUAAGGCGAAACUGCAUGCGCACUUGCGAUUACAUGAAAGCAGUGUGUGUUUGUGCACAGGGCUACGAUUGGGCAUGAGAUUCAAGUCUCGGUAAAUACAAUUUUUUUUAGCACAUCCACCUCCGGAGACACGUUGCAAAGUUAUAAAACUCUUAUUAAUGUUGUCCUAGAUUGCAACGUGCAGGCGCGAUGGUGGCGGUCACAAUGAAACAUACAAAUGUACUCAAACACGAAAAUAAGUGCUCACAUUCAGACGGUAUUUGUUCUCCACCACUGCGUGCAGAGUGUUGUAAGAAAGACAUUUUACACAUUCGUACGACACACGAACAUGGUGUUUUAGUUAAGCCGAGCAUGAUGAUAAUCAGAGAUUUUUGUAAUCGCAGCAAAAAACCACGGCGAUGGUUACACUUAGAGUCGCUGCUCUUAUCCUUGUCUCAUAUUGACCGGUCAGCAGACAUGAAAGUUAAUUAUAAAUUCUUUAUUUCUAUAUUCAACAUUCAACGUGUCUGUUGUGUAACAAUUUCUAAUGGUAACAAUGUGUUCUAGACCUUGACGUUGAUUGCGAUGGUAGCGAUGGGCUGGAGUGUGGCUCUUCAUUCCAAUUAAGACCCUCUCAUUAAAGCUGCGUCGUUCUGACAGAGCAUGUGAAACUCA